AUGGGUUGUUUGUUUUCGAAAGAGCGGCGAUCGGGCGGCAAUGAUGGUCAACAAGAACGGAUAGACGUGGCGAGAUUCACAACGCCGUCACAACAGCAAACAGUGUUCCACGUGAACAAUGGUGGAAACGAUAUGGGCGGUGGUACGGUAUCCCUGAAUGGCACUUCAGACGCCGGUCUAGGCGGUGGUCGACAGCAAGAACGCGAAGUUCUCGUCGCUCUCUAUCCGUACGACUCUCGAGCUGAUGGAGAUCUAAGCUUCCAGAAGGGCGAUGCAAUGUACUUGUUGGAUUAUUCGAAUUGCGAUUGGUGGUAUGUGAAACAUCAGCGAACCGGUAUCACUGGAUACGUGCCGCGCAACUUUGUGGCACGACAACAAACGAUAGAGAGUGAGGAGUGGUACGCUGGAAAGAUCCCCAGAAACCGAGCCGAACGUCUAGUACUAUCAUCGAAUCUACCGAAAGGAACAUAUUUGAUCAGAGAACGAGAGGCAGAUACGAGAGAAUUCGCGUUAACAAUUCGAGAUACAGAUGAUCAGAGGAAUGGAGCCUGUCAUUUUGAUAGCAACUUCGCUCUAUCGAGAAUAGAUUUUACAGGCACAGUGAAACAUUACAAAAUCAAACGACUCGAUCAUGAUCAAGGAUACUUUAUCACAACACGAAGGACAUUUAGAACCCUUCCGGAUCUCGUUAGAUAUUAUUCCGAAAUGCCAGAUGGUCUCUGUUGUCAAUUAACAUUCCCGGCACCUCGUCUAGCACCAACACGACCUGAUUUAUCACACGAUACACAACAGAAUUGGGAAAUUCCUCGAAAUCAGCUGCACUUGAAACGGAAGUUAGGAGAUGGAAAUUUCGGAGAAGUCUGGUAUGGAAAAUGGCGAGGAAUCGUUGAGGUGGCAAUUAAGACCAUGAAACCAGGAACGAUGUCACCAGAAGCAUUCCUUCAAGAAGCUUCAAUUAUGAAGCAAUGCGAUCAUCCGAAUCUAGUAAAACUCUACGCCGUCUGCACUCGCGAAGAACCAUUCUACAUUAUCACCGAGUACAUGAUCAACGGGUCGCUUCUUCACUAUCUUCGUAACGAUGGAAGCACUCUUGGCAUCCAGGCGCUUGUUGAUAUGGCCGCUCAGAUUGCGAAUGGAAUGAUGUAUCUGGAAGAGCGAAAGCUAGUCCAUCGUGAUUUGGCCGCCCGUAACGUUCUUGUUGGUGAUAAGAUCUCUGGAGUUCCAGUCGUCAAGGUGGCUGACUUUGGAUUGGCACGAAAACUCAUGGAAGAGGAUAUCUAUGAGGCACGGACCGGAGCAAAGUUCCCGAUCAAAUGGACGGCUCCAGAAGCGGCGACGUGUGGAAAUUUCACUGUGAAGAGUGACGUUUGGUCGUAUGGAAUUCUGUUAUACGAGAUUAUGACCAAGGGACAAGUACCGUAUCCAGGAAUGCACAACCGCGAAGUCGUCGAACAAGUCGAGCUCGGCUACCGUAUGCCAAUGCCACGUGGAUGUCCGGAACAAAUUUACGAGGAAGUGAUGCUCAAAUGUUGGGACAAGACACCAGAGCGACGGCCCACCUUCGACACAUUAUAUCAUUUCUUCGAUGACUAUUUCGUGUCAACACAACCAAAUUACGCUCCGCCAAGUGCCUAA